AGAAUGUUAACGCUUAGGAUUACAUGGAUUCUUCUACUCUUACAGGACGAGUACUAGUACCACAGGAUUUCUGAAUGAGGCGUCGUAGGGUAGUGAGACAUAAAUUGAUCGGUCUAUUAAGUCGACAGAACUUAGACUCUUACAUUAAGAAUUUGCGUUUCUGAUUUACCACCUUAAUUAUUCACGCUCCUUAAGACACGACAACUUACCAGGAUUCAUCUUGUUCAAGAACAUGAUAUGUUUUAUUUCGUUGAUGGGAGCAUCUUCGUAUCUUGUCGUCACUUGCUGAAACGCACAACCGUGUCUAGCGCGGACUAAUACUCGAUCUCUACCAAAACGCGCGAUCUAUAUUCUUGGAGAGAUCUCUACCAAAACGCCGGCGUUGCUAAUUUCCUAUUGCAAUUAAACUUCUUGUCACGUCCACGUUGGAGCAAACAGUUUCUUCUUUUGGGGCGCAUUGAGCAGGCUGUAGUAAGUACAUUUGUACAUAUAACACUACUGCUGAAAGCUUCACAACAUUCCCAGCAAGAUCGUUAAAUCAAUGCCUUACACUCUUUGGCUUUAAAGUUAUUCUUUUUCUUUUCGCUUGGAGGUAUGCGAAGCUGAGUAUUUCACGGGACCACGUCGUCGAGACCAGUUCACGCUCGUUUCCUUCACUGGUUUGAAGGAGGAAAUACAAAUAUUUUUAACGGGGGACUUGGACAAGCGUGUUGUAUAUCAGGUUUCGCCUUAGCGGAUCAAGCAUUUUCUCCUAGGUAGUGAGAAUCUCAGAACUGAUUUAGUCGAAGCCGCGACAUUUUCCGAGACAUCGUCACUGGCACACAGCCGUAGACUCCUUCGUCGGAUGAAAACGAAAAGUGAUCUCACGAAAAAUAGACGAAGAUAACUCGCUGCCUUUGCCGACCCGGAAGCAAAUCCGAUUUUCUUGUUUCGACUGCUUCUGAUUCAGUAUCCACCUUUGCGAGUCAGUGGUGCGUCUUAUCUCACGACAAAUAAGCGAACAAGAUAACUCGCCGUCUUGCAGAUUAUAGCGUCUUUCGCAACCUAGCGUCUCUAGCGUUAUCGGCUUCCUCCGGGAGAAGCGUCUUUGUUCCACGAGCGUUAUCGGCUUCCUCCGGGUGUUGACGAUGACGGGAGACGCAAGUGGUCAUUCCGAAGCGGUACUUUUUUGUUCCAUAGCGAAGUCAACUACACUUUUAUUCCAUAAGCAUAAGAUGGUAAAACUAAAAACUUCAGAGAAUGACAAAAAUGAAGAUAGAAAAUACUUGUGAUACAGAUACUUCUACUUGUGUGCUCCUCGAAAUUCAUCAAAAUGGUCAAUUCAUCUAGGAGCUUACCGUGGAGGAUAAGGAGUAUCGAACGAUACUAGAUGGCUUGAUACCUAUCGUGGCAGAGAUCGUGAACAGUAAGCAGCAUAGAGGCCUUUGCAGCAUGGGCGAAUUGAUGAAAGAUACACGAGUUCGAGAAAAAAUCGCUGCGAUACCUCUCGGCUACGAUAGGAAACUGAGCAAGAUUUUGAGUACUUCAACUUUAUGGCCGCUUUGGUUCUUUUGGUCAUUGUGGAUACAGAAUAUUUUUGAAACGAAGCCAUGUCUAUGCACAUCAAUUUCCAUGGCAUCAAUCAAGACCUAAUAUUAUGAACGCCUGUGUUUUUCACGAUAGAAUAUCUUUAACACGACAUCAGAGUACUACGACGAUUACUUUGCGAUCUUGGAAAACGGAAACUCGGUAGCAACCUGUCAAGCGUACGAGACAGGACUGCUUGACCCGAAUACGAAUGAGAGAACAGCUGCGCGCGCAAUUUUUAUGGCUAGAAGUUAUAUACUAAGUGUUACUGAUAAUUGAGAUUGACGUGACUUUUUCUUUAAGAAAGUGCUUGGUCCCGAGGAUGUGCGAGGCAAGAACGGCGAGUCAUCAAAAGUAAGAAGAGGGUAGCAGUCGCAGGAACAAAAUGCAGGAUCUGCAACAUGAGACGCAGACACGACGUAAACAAACAUCCUCCAUGAAAGUGAAACCAAUUGUGAGUAACUACCCCAACGCGACCCGGCAAUCUGGCACCAUUGUCGCCUGUCACACAAAUACCUCCGGGAUCGGUCCCGUGCGCCCUAUUCCUGCUUCACAAAUUGCCCCCGUGGUCCGUCCCCGCGUGUUCGUGUCUUCCGCGCUGCCCGUGAGGUCCGUCCCCGUGCGUGCCGGUUGUUUUCUGCGCGUCACUUUCGGGGCCCGUCCUCGUGCGUCUAUGGCUUACACAUUACCAACCUCCCCGGAGUCUAAACUUGGUGGCGCUGACUCCGUCGGUUCUGUCGGUGCGGGAGUAGCUACCAAGUCCCACGCUUCUGGCUUUUGCUCUGCGUCAUCGUGGGCUUCUGCGGCAUCAAAUGCCGAGGCUUGGGCGCAAUACGAAUACAUGGUGACGAAUUUGGCCGGGUACUAACUCUCCUUAUGAAGAGAUGCAUCAUAUUGUACUUGCAGUUCUUGACCUUCAUCGUUUCUAUCCUUGCAAACCAUGAGUUUAUUAUACGUCUGGAAAGUGCUUCUACACUUCAAGUUCAAUCAUGAUUUACAUUUAUAGAUGCAUGAAAUUGAAAGGGCCUAAGUGCAACAUCUUGAUCUUCUACAUAAUAUUUAUAUAAGUAACUACUCUCUUGUUUCCCAGGACACUUCGGUCAUCGACCGCGACUGAGGCAGCACUGCGACAACAGUUUGAAGAGCUAUUGCAGCUAAGACACGAAACAUUCGCAUUGACCGAAUACAAUACGAAGCCUGGAGCGGCGCCUGGGUAUGCGUACGGCGCUGCCGGUGCUCAGCAGCAUCAUAGCAGUCUUAGCUGUGGUAGUGCAGAAACCCGUGGCGGUCUUGGGGGUGGCAUCCUGGCAUCCUAUGCGCACGCCGUAACGAGCGAAGCAAACCUCUCGGGACCAACUUACGGCUGCUGAAUUACUUACCCAGCUCUACAUAAGUUGUGGCGUAAAAGGCAUAGAGCAUAAUUCUAGUUGCCAUCGAUCCUGAAAAACAAGUCAAGAAGACGUUUUUAUGACUUUAAGGAAAAGCUAGCUCGUCUAACAACAACACCUGACUCCAGACGAGAAGGAAGAAAAAAUCAACAUGCUUGGGCAAGCCUGUGUGGAUUUCCUUGCACAGCGGGAGCCUCCAGCGGCACCUCUGAAUCAUUUGGCUCAGCAUCCGCAAAUAAUCGCAUUGAAAAAGAGUACUUACUACUUUAUAACUUUUGUUCUGAACAAUCUGAUCUAGUAUUUUAAUAGUUUUAAAACAACUACAACCUACAAUCUACUCCAUCUCCAUUCAUCAACAUUAUUUUGCUUUUUUUAGAGCCGUAAGAGGACACAGAGAAGACACCACCUUUUUAAGUCGUUUUACACACGGCUGCUGCAACAUUGUGAUCUUUUAUUACUCAUACUUGAACUACAACUACUUGAACUACAAGGUGUGAUCGCAAAAUUUGAGAGGUGGUUGCGGUCACAGCCACAAGCGUUCUUAGUUUCUGCGGAGGGAACGCAGCAAUGCCUUUGGGUUCAACUCGUUCUUUACCCUGACGAGCGAACCGGUGACUACACAUUCCGUCCCAACAAGACCACGGCUCCUGGUGACGCCGGUUACUAACAAGUUUCGUAUCGUUCUCUCUGCGCGAAGCGAUUGCGCUUGACCCGAAAAGAUCGAUGCGGUCACGUGGAAGACGCGUGACAGAUGAGGCCUCGUCUUUGUCGCUAGAAAGAGUUUGCAGGGGUGUUUUUGGAAAACUUAAUGAACUCUCUCAGCAUCAUCCAUGCCUGAUCGAAUAUCUUAAUCUUAUUCUUAUUCCCCUGUCGUUCAUGACAUACACAUACCACGCCAUCAUCAAAUCCUGAACAACAUGUACAUGAUUCUUAUGGUUUUUUUAUAGGAAUACAGUAGAAGUAGAUUCCCUGGUGUCCCUCUCUUGAAUCGUCUUGAUUCCCCAUCCCUUGAGAAGACGAUCUUUUCGGGACGAUUUCGCUGCUUUCUAUACUGAUCGUUGCGCGGCAAUGUCAACAUCAACAAGUAGAAGGUUCAAGAUCACAAAAUUUUAGUACUUUUGCUCAUGCUCGAACUUUCUAUGCAGCGCAACAAGUUCGUUGCUCGAGUUGUUCACUCCUUGUUCUACGGAUGACGUGAUGAGAUCAGAGCCAGGUUAGACAUGAAUUGCGUCAGCAGCAACACGUGAGUCUUCAAUGAUACAGUUUAAGAUCUUGUUGUAUUCUUGAAACACGACAAGGUGAAGAUCAAAAA